AUGUAUGUUUACUUUUAUGAUAUUAGUCUUUCACUCUUUCUAUCCUUCAUAUUAAAAUACAUUACUUUAAAGAUUGGACUGUUUGAUUUAAGAUUGAAUAAAUGUGACAAUGGAUUGAAGAUUAGUGUGAGUGACUUUUACACUAUCGGAGAUGAAUCAUUUAAUAAUUUGUCAAUAGGUAAUGUAUUAGGAAAUGCAAAUGCUCCAAACCCAAUGGAAAACCAGAGAAUAAUAAUUAGAAGACACAGCAAAGAAAAAUGCACCUUUAAAGCAAAUUUAAAGAAAAUGCAAAUAACCACAAACCCACGUGUAACAUACAUAUUGGAAUACGAAAGUCUUCAAAAAGUUUGUCAAAGUAAAUACUAUUCAGAUGGCGAUGUUUCAAAUUUCUUUAUUACUGGAAUAAUUAAACAAGCUGGUGGUAGUAACGAAGAUUGUACCAGUCAAAAUAUUUUUGCAAGGUUAACGAAAUGGUUUUCCCCUGCUUUACUUUCUCUUUUUCUCAACCACAUUAAUUAUGAAAAUUAUCAAAAUGAUAUUUUCAUAAAAGAGUUUGUUGACUCUUGUAAAACAGGUGAAGAGAAACACUGGUACCCAGAUUCAGUUCCUUUAAUAAAGAGAUUAAUUUCAAUAUUAAAUGAUUUUAGUAAGCAUUAUAAAGGUAAUUUUAAAGGUCAUUUUAAAGGUAAUUUUCAAGGUCAUUUUAAAGGUGAUUUUAAAGGUGAUUUUAAAGGUGAUUUUAAAGAAGAACAACUUAAACAAGAAUUGAACAACUAUUGCGAAGAAACCUCACUCAAGUACAUCUCCGCGAGAAUCAAGAAAAGACACAAUGAUUUCACCAUCAACGCAGUAAAAGAUGUACAAGGUAGAACAAAUAACAAACAGGAAUUGAUCGAAGAAGAAUACGUAAAAUAUUACUCAAAUCUUUAUGACUACAAAGAAGAUGACCCACUAUCUCAUUACGAAAUGUUGGAAAAUUGGACAGUGACCAGGGACUCAACAUGGGACAACCUUGAAAAUGAAUUCACCUCACAAGAAAUCCUAGAAGUAAUAAAACAACUGAACCCACACAAAUCUCCAGGUCCAGAUGGAAUUCCAAACUUAUUCUACAUAACACACAAAGAAAAACUAGCUCCAAUACUGGCCUCAGCAUUCAACGACACUCUAAGAAAUCCUCAUCUAAAUAGCAAAAAUUACAAAGAAGGCCUCAUUAUCACGAUACCUAAAAAGGGAGACCCCGAACUAAUCAAAAACAGAAGACCAAUUACACUGGCUAACUGUAUAUAUAAAAUCCACUCAAAGCUAAUAAACAAUAGAAUAAUCCCAAUACUAACGAAAGUGAUCAACCACUAUCAAAAAGGUUUCGUACCAGGCAGAUUCAUUAUAGAUAAUAUCAUAUCAAUGAACGAAUUAAUCAACUAUUGUAAUGAUAAAAGAAUUAACGGAAUAAUUACACUAUAUGAUUUCGAAAAAGCUUUUGACUCGAUCUCACACGGUUCAAUACUUAGAUCACUACAACACAUCAACAUUCCAACCAAUAUAAUCAACCUGAUAAUGAAUCUACUCACCAAAUCUGAAGCAAGAAUUGAAAUUAAUGGUAGAACUACUAUACCCUUUGAGAUCAAAAGAGGAGUUAAACAAGGAGAUCCACUAUCACCCACACUGUUCGUCCUUGUAAUAGAGGCUUUAGCUAGAAAAAUUUUACAAGAUGAUCGAAUUACUGGCCUUCCUCUAAACAACAGCAACCACAGAGAGAAAUUCCAAAGCUUUGCAGACGACUCGGCUUCAAUGGUCCCAGACUCUCAACAACUUGAAUUAGUACUACAACACUUCAAUUCAUUUUGCAAAGCCACUUCCUCAAAACUAAACAUCGACAAAUCUUCAUCAAUUCUUAUAGGCAACCCAGACAAUACCAACACAGCGAAGAAAAAACCACCUUUAAAUUCGCUUUAA